GAGAGAGAGAGAGAGACAUACAGACAGAAAGAGAGAGAGAGAGCGAGACAGACAGAAAGAGAGAGCGAUACAGAGUAAGAGAGAGAGACAUACCAGAGUGAAAGAAAGAGAGACAUACAGACAUAAAGAGAGAGAGAGACAUAGAGAGAGAUUGUGUGCGUGUGUGUUGGUUGAUUUCAGUGGAUCAUGGAGCAGCGCUGUGACCGCGGUGUGUCGGAGCUCUCCUGCCCGCACAGACGCGCUUCUAACUCGGUUCUCUGUGUGUCGCAGCGCCGCUGAACGGAACUAAAGCUGGAGGAUCGGUACCGAUGGCUGAUCCUCUGCGGAGGACAAUUCUAGCCAAACUCCGGGGCAAGAAAGCCAAAGGGAAAGACGCGAGCACCGCGAACCGGCCGAGAGAAGGUAAAGUUUUUCACAGGCAGCGAGAGAGAGAUUAUAUAUCACAUCACAUGAGAGGUAAAGAGAGCGCCGUUAACGGGAUCCGGACGGCGGAUCCGGUGUCGGGUAUAGAACGGCCGUGCGGGUAAACAGCAGCCGGGCUUACGUGCGCAGAAGCGGGGGCUCGGGCCCCGGGGGUCCCACAGGGGUCUCGGAUCAAAGCGAAGUCACGGAGAUGAAGCGCUUCCGCACGAAGCGGGUCCGCGGAGACUCGAUCGGGUUCGGAAAUUGCCAACACGUCCAUUUCGGACCCAGUGGAGAGACUUCAAAUGUAACAGAUGGCCAAGAUGCCAAGAAUAAACAAACACAUGUUACGUCACUCGAGCGAAAGGCCGGUUUCAAGUACGAGCGAAUCGUCCAACCUAACGGGACCCCUCGCGUGCUCGAUUAUAUCGAGGUUAUAGAGAGUUCGCUGGAGUAUCAUGGAGAUUUAAGGAUGCCUACCUUACAAAGUCCGACUUUUUUCCCCACUGAGCUGGAAAUCACCGUGGCCCCUGAGCUGAGAGACGGGGCCCCUCGACACCACUCUGUGGACAGUGAGGACGACGACUAUUAUGAUAACCAAAUUCUGCCCUUUUAUGAGUCUUACGCUCAGAACGAGAGGAACGACAAAAACCUUAAUGCCACAGAGGCGUUAUCGGGUCAAACGUUAGGGUCAGGGUGUGACGAGAACGCCCUGGAGACCGUCAGACUGAAGACGCAACUAAAAGAGGCGUAUUGUUUGUUAAUAAACGCCAUGCACGACAUUCGUUUCGGUGGUCAGGUUGACGAGAACGGGUCCGAGGCCAGUCGUUCUAACGAAUCUCACGAUAGCGUUAGCUCACGCUCCUCAACCGAUGCCUGUUUGUCCGAGGAACGUGGUGGUCACCGGGUCUUCCGUUCUGGUUUGGCCUUGGGUCUCUCGGGGUCUUUGCUGAGCAGGAGCUUGCAAAGUAUUCCCAACGCGAGGGCCAAACUUCAGAGGUCUACGAGCGAUGGCGGGGCCAAGUAUUCUGGCGUGCGGCCCUCAAGCGCCCAGAGUUUCGAGGAACACCUGCGACCUGCGGUUUCAGGGGAUGCUGCGCUGUCACGCAAGGAUGCGCUGGCCUGCGAUGCUCCUCCGAUGCUCCUUGAUGGAUCGGUGCGUAAGGAGUCGGUUAACGGCCCUACAGCGCCUUCGGAACUGGCCCCAGAGCCCGCCACACGUCAGUCCUGCAACAACGCCGCCGCCGUGGCCAAACAUCCCGGCGUCACCGUGAACAAGAUGCAGGAGUGGAUGUCGAGGGGUCGCGUGCUUUCGUCUGAGAUGAAGCGGAGGAUCGCGGGUUCCUUGCCGAGAGCCAAAACCAGUGGCGGUGCCAACGGUCCGCAAGCGAGCAAAUCUGCAGCGGCAGGAGCGCAGCUGCUGUCAGAGGAAAGAAAGUCAGAUGUCUCUGGGAUGCAUGAGGCGCCGAUGGAGUGGGUCCCUGGGUCAUCCGGUGUAGCUCUACGGGACCCCUGUACACGUCAGACCCCUUUCAACCACAUUACCGUCUCCAAGAAACGUAACUGGCUACAACAAAGCUGUGUCCGUCCGUUCCUGCACCCUGAGAACGCAACAGCGCCCCCUGCAGCAGAGGAGGAUCAUACGCACCCACAAAUAUACAGCAUUGACCCGCCUUCGAAAGCACCACCUCGACCCCGACGCCUCCCGUUACCUGCCAGUAGAAGUUCGUCCCAGCCGCCCCGUCGCCCAGAUCCAGCUGAGGAGAACGACGCAGACGACGAAGGAGAGAUUUGGUACAACCCCAUUCCCGAGGAUGAGGAGGGCGACGUUCCUCACAGGAUCCCUGCCAUCAGAGAGGCCCAAACGAAGGUGACCCGCGGGGUGGCCGCUGGACGUAUGAAUGGAGGGGCGGCAGACAGACGGCGUGCGACAGAGGAGUAUGUUGGUGGUGAGGAGGGUUGCAGGGAGGGGUCGCAGAUGGGUGUUUUGCAUUCCAACGAAACCUUCCAGCUGCACAGACAGAUGUUUGCGUGCAAGACACAAGAGGAGAGCCUCACCGUCAGAGCGACAGAUACGUCAGAGCAGUCCACCGGUGGCCUGUCUCCCUCCUCUAGUCCAAACCCGGCUAAAAGAAGCAACGCUAUAAACUGGUCUUUUCCUGAUAAAAUCAAGUCACCGCGGACUGUCCGAAAACUCUCCAUGAAGAUGAAGAAACUGCCAGAUCUCAGUCAGAAGCUUAGCUUUAAAGGGAACCUCUCUAGCAGUGUGGCCACCAGGAACGGCCAGUCGGAGCCCAGAGUGAAUGGAAUGGCGGAACUGGGGCAAUCCCGGUCCAGAUUGUCGCCAGCGGGUGUGGCGACUGCAUUGGCGAGCGUUAACGUGAUUUGGCGGUACCAUUUGGACAGCAGCGUUUCUACACAACACAACUUCAAUAGUGGCGGCGUACCCAAAUCGGCCAGUAAGGGAGGUUACCUUAGCGACGGAGACUCACCCGAACUUGUGGCAAAGUCGGGCAAGCGCGGCAUGUCGGAAAGAAAGUACGGCAAAACCCGGGAACGGGAUCCUGAAGGGAAUGGUGGAAGCCCAAAGCUUCCCAGUACGGAGCUGGAUAUUGACGCCUUCCGUUCCUACAGUUUCUCUGAACAACCGAAGUGUCUAGCAUACAUCUCGGGACUUAUGAGUCUGCACUUUUACGGCGCAGAGGACCUGAAACCGCCUCGGGUGGAUUCCCGCGAUGUCUACUGCGCCAUCCAGGUGGACUCCGUCAAUAAGGCUCGGACAGCGCUGUUGACGUGUCGCACAGCCUUCCUGGAUAUGGACCACACAUUCAACAUCGAGUUGGAGAAUGCUCAGCACCUCAAACUCGUUGUGUUUAGCUGGGAGUCAACGGCGCGGCGAAACCGCGUGUGCUGCCACGGAACCGUAGUUCUGCCGGUGCUGUUCCGCGUGAGGAAGACGCACCAGCUCGCGGUACGUCUGGAGCCACGUGGGAUGAUCUACUUGAAGCUGAGCCUGAUGGAGCAGAGGCAAAACUCUCUGGAAGGACCAGAGGGUGACCACGAAUCGCAGGUGUUUGGCUUAGAGGCUUGGCGCGUGGUCGAACGGGAGGCGUCUGGACUAAUGGUUCCGCUGCUAAUCGAGAAAUGCAUCACUGAGAUCGAGAGGAGGGGCUGCCAGGUUGUGGGUCUGUAUCGUCUGUGCGGUUCGGCUGCGGUGAAGAAGGAACUGCGAGAAGCCUUUGAGAGAGACAGUCACUCCGUCGAGCUGUCAGAAAACAACUACCCAGAUAUUAACGUCAUCACAGGUGUGUUGAAGGACUACCUCCGUGAGCUUCCUCAUCCGCUCAUCACUAAACAGCUGUAUGAGUCGGUUCUGGACUCCAUGGCGAAGAGACCGCUGCAAAUCGGAACCAGCGGCUGUGAGAACGACCCGGCAGACUCUAAACACACCGUCGGCUUGCUGGAGAUCCUUCCGGAGGUUGAGAAGGUGACCUUACGGAAGCUCCUGGAUCAUCUGAAGUGCGUGGCGUCUCGUCACGAGGUGAACAAAAUGACGUGUCAGAACCUUGCAGUCUGUUUUGGUCCGGUUCUGCUCAGUCAGCGACAGGACACGUCCUCUCACGGGAACCGGGUGUUUAUUGACUCAGAAGAGCUGGCCAGUGCGCUACACUUCAAAAAACACAUUGAGGUUCUUCAUUACCUGCUGCAGCUCUGGCCAGUUGUAGAUGCUCAGGGUAAGUCUCCCCCUUUUCCUGCCCUGGUGGAGUCAAUCCCAGCGGUGACGGCAGCUGUGAGAAGAAGGAAGGAGCAUCCCCAAGUGCUGAAUCUAACAGAGGCAGAAAUUGUUGGAGUAUUACGACCAAGAGCCGGCCGCCUGGACAGUCCCAGUAACCGCUAUGCCAGGGAUUGGAGCUGCUGUCGGGAGCCAUUCCUCCAAGUGAGCUGCCCAGAGGAGGCAGAAUAUGAUGACGUUCCCAGUGAACAGCCACCGAACGCAGGGCUGGAGAACGUGCCGAAGAGUACUGGAGAUGUGGUCUCCCAACAAGAGCUGACUCAGGAGGAAGAGGGAACGGAGAGAGUUGAGGAAAUGCAGAUAGAGGAGGAAGAGAGCGAAGGAGAGGAGAGAGGAGGUUUGGACAGUCUACAAGUAGAGGAAGAACGUCCCGUUAGCCCCUGUGUUCAGAUCCUACCAGAUCAUGAAGAGCAUCGACUGAAAGAGCACACCUACCAGGCCUACAUGAAGAUCCAGGAGAUCAGUCCGGUACUGAGCAACAGGGUCAACCUGCGGGACCUGCAGGAGAGCAUUGAUACUCUCAUCAGCAACCUGGAGAGAGAACUCAACAAGAACAAGCUAAAUAUUGGGUACUGACAUUGGGCAACUUUACCAGACUGGCUCAACUUGCGAGACCUGCAGGAAGGCAUGAAGAUGCUCUUUGGCAACCUGGGGAGAGAACUCAGCAAGAACAAACUCUUUGCCAGACCAGUCAAAAUAGCGGAAAUCUGGUGUUUCUUUGGAGACAACAGUGCUAUGGUCAAUCACUAUGGACAUACUGCAGGACAUUCCUCGGUUUUGUUGAUAUUGUUGUUUUUCUUCUUAUUAGAAGAACCCAUUGAACACUUGAGGCGUGCACCAGAUGCCUUAAUUGUAUUAAGGUGGUGCUGAUGACAUUGAGAGCUUUUAACUUUCUACAAAGAUACAAAUCGUUACGAUGUAAACCAAUGCACUUACGAGGCCUGUUGUUAGAGGCAUGGCUGGGAGUUCAGGUACACAUAGGUGUGAAGCCUUAAUGUGGGAGAACUAGGUACUACACAUGCGUCCCAGGCCCUUAACCUCGAUCCCUGUGAUGUACAGCUUUCCAGAGGGUGCUCAGAACUCUUCCUGGAGGUCUAGAUUCUUUCAGAAUUGAGUUCAUACUAAUCAAGGUUUUGGGGUUUCCUUGAAAGUUGAGCAGAGUUUGAACCACACGCUGCUUGAAGACAGAUCUUCAGGAGUAGAAUUGAGCACUCCUACCCUAAACUGUAUGCCCUAAACCAUUAAUUUAGCAAUUUAUGGCCUAAACCUCAACGUCCUGCACCCCAUGACCAACUCCUUACAUGCAACACCAUAUAACCUAAAUCCAAACAUCUAUCUCUGCAACCUACACCCUACCAGAGGGUCAUCAGACCUGUUCGUGGAGGUCUACAUAUUUGCACAAUUGAGUAGAAACGAAUCAAGUUCUUGGGGUUUACCUGAAAGUUGGCCAGGGUUUGAACCACACUCUGCUUGAAGAUAGAGCACUCCUACUCUAAAGUCUAUGCCCUAAACCCUACACGUAUCAACCUAAACUCAAAACACUACACCUACAUUCUGCACCUGGAGCAAGGUGUAGGGUUGCUCCAGGUUCAGACUGGAGCAAGUUAUUAACCCAAACCCUAGAUCCUAACCCUUACCCUAUCUUUCAACCUAAACACUACACCCUUUCCUUCAGGGAGCAACUCAUGCUGCUGGUCUGUAGUUUGAAAUAGCUUACUUGGCUAUCGAAAGCACCUCAACAAUCACGCACGUCUCGGAAAGGACAAAAAUGAUUAGAACAACCUUGAUAUCGUAAAGACUAGGGUGUACUUUGUUUUUCCUCAUGCCGUUCAAAGUAUUCUCUUUUGGACGCUUUAGGGCUUACAGAGGCAUUCGCCACAUGCACACUACGACUUUUGAUACACUCUUAGUACAGUGCGCACAUACGUGUAGCUCCUGCAUAUCUAGAAAAUUGGGAUGCUUGCUGUGCGUACCGUGCUGAUGAUUAAAUUUGUGUCAUGCGCACUGUACGUGAGACUUAGAGGCACACCGAAAACUGAUAUACUUGAGCCCGUCAGGGGAGCACUGCACACGUCCCGGCCUCUAGCCUGUCGGCCGGGAUGUGUGCAGUGCUCCCCUGUUGACUCAUCUCAUCGGCCCGAGGGAGAGGGCCGUUGUCCGAGGAGCGGGGUGCAUCACCUCAUCCGAUACAUGUAGAUUUGAAGCCGACUCCCCCAAGAAGAGGUGCGCUCUGCGUUUUAAAGACAGCCCUUCAGUCAGGAUCUCGACAGGAGUUGGGCAGGAGAGCAAGAAGAGGUGCAUCAAGCAUUAUUCACAUCAUGUGUGCUUCAUUCACCGCUGUCAGAACGAGGCUUAUUAAUUAUGCACCUCUUCUCACCUCUUCUCACCUCUUCUUCUUCGUCUUCUAAGAGACGGGGCGACGAUGGAGGGCCAGAUCAUUCCGCCACACAUAAUAAACUGUGAUUAUGUAACAAGUGAGUACAACUGAUCUACAUCAAAGAAAAAUGAACCUGAAUGAACAAACUUGGGGUUGCUUUAGAUGUUUCUCCAAUUGUUCCCACACAGAUAAACCCAGCGAUUAAAGGUUUGUUCGGUUGCCAUGGUUUCAGUUUCUUCAGUCUUAAAGGGGCGGGUCACACUAGAAUGAAUAUGGGCAACCAGGGCUGGACUGGGAAGAGAAAUCGCCCCGGGAUACCAGUUUUACAUGGCAACUGGCCCAAAAGUUGUUUGGGUGGUUGAUACAAAAUGUGUUGAGCGUGGGGGUGGGGGGGUUUCGGGGGGUGUUCCCUAUCCUUUUCUGCAUAUCGCGGCGGCUCAUUUUUGCUUAUCGCCGCCCAUUCGGCACAUUUCGAGGCCAACCCACCAACCCGCUCGGUUCUCCCGCUGGCCAGUCCGCCCCUGAUCAGCCCCAAAGUGCGUCGGCCCACCGGGAAAAUGCCCAGUGUGCCAGAUUGCCAGUCCAGCCCUGUGUGGCAACACAAUAUGGGGUCUUCUUCCGGGACUUCAGUUUUAACUAUAUUAUGAAUAAUCACUAAAAUUACAUUCACAAUGUCUUUUGGGAAAAUGGAAACCACCCAAAACAAGACUUUCAGAUUUGACAUGGGACAUUACGAUUUUAUUUUGCUAUGCAAAAAUGCAGGAUUGUAUGUUGCCUUUUAUUUGCAUUGAGCUUGUCUAGUGUGAACGCAUCUUUGCAGUAUUUGAUCUGGUAACUCUCAUUGUGUUGCUCUAUAGUUUCCUUUAAAGUCUGAUUUGGGAUCAGAUACCCUCACUCCACGUCUGACCUCUAUCGUAUAGAGAUCAGGGACAGGACUGAUCCACGAUCAGUUAGAAGGAAAUUUUUACUGUAGAUAUAAAGAUGUGAGCGUGUUAUUGAGAACAUUCCCCUCUGUUUGCUUCAGCAGAUGUUGUUUGUAUAUGGUCACAUUAAAGUGUGUGUUUCAUGCAGACCCGUCGACUUGAAUGUUCUUUUUGAAAUGCUGGAUAUAUUUAACAGGGUAAAUUUACAGAUGUGAAUUUCUCAUCACUGAUUGAUGCUGGACGAUCUGUCAUUUCUGCUCACGUCACACAGACGAGCGUGAAUCAAUAUCAGUCUGAUUAUCAGGUGAGUCUGAUGCCACACAGAAGGGUACAAAUGAACUCAA